GCCACCAAUGGCCACCGUCUGAGCCAGAAGGCUUCAUUCUUCACGCCUGCGGGUUGCCUGCCUCCCCGGCCCUUGCUCUUGCCCUGCUUCUGCAGACGUUUCAACACUGAGCUUGCACAAUGUCUCUGAAACAUGGAACAACUUGCUAACUACAGGCAAAGCUAUUGUUAUGUCGGAUAAAGUUGAGAGAGCAACACGGAACGACCAUUUCUCAGGUGGAGAAGGAGCCUGCACCAAAGGAGUCUGCCCCAAUUGUCCUGAAGAAGACUGCCCCAGAGGAGAGGAAGGAGUCUGUCCCAAAUGACCUGGAAGAGUCUGGUCUAAGGGAUGUGAAGGAGCCUGAUCCAAAGGAGCCAGGGGUGUUUGCCCCAAAUGAGCCAAAGGAGUUCUGCUUCAACACGCUGGAUGUGCUGGUGGAUAGCAUGUUGACUGCUGUGCAGGACGGGGACCGUAAUUCUCUGAUAGCCUUCCUGUGCGUAUACCCGAUGUGUGCCACCAUCCAGCAGAUACUCAACGUAGUCUUCAGGCGGUAUGCAUACUUCCGCCCUGAAUGUGAAGAGGAUGAAAAAGUAAAGAACGUCAUCUGUACCCUCCUGCACACAUGGAUGGACGAGUUCCCUGGGGAUUUUUCAAAUACCACAGACCUGUCCCUUCUUAAGAAGGUGAAGACCUACCUGAUGUUGAACAUGCCAAACUCAGACCUUCUUGUUCGUUUCCAUGAGAUCCAUAUGAAUUUGGAGGCAGAAGUGGACAGUGAUUCAGAAGAUAGUGAAUGAGUAAGCCCAGAUCCGCAGAGCUGCAGGGAGAGCCACACAUGGACAGAUCUAGACCUCCAGGCUGUUGACCAACAUCAAAGCCUGUUAACCAGCUACUUUCAAGCCUGAACCACCUUGUGCACUAAGCCGGAGAGCGGAAAACCCAUGAGAAACAUCUGUGCCACGUGUGAAGCUGGAGCAGCAGUUGGGUCCCCACUCCUGCCAUCAACCAUGGAUGCUGCAGCCGCUCAGCCUCUCACCCUGUCAUCAGACAGUGCAAGUUCUUCUGGGAGAGUUAACUCCCCCGGCAACGGCCCAGCCCCCUUGCUCCUCUCGGCAUCCCUCAUCUCUCUGCUCUGCAGACAGCACCAGUCCUGUUGUUCCCCACAGAAUCUCCCCUGAUUUCAGCCCAGCAGCACUCCCAGACACCCCAGCCAGCUUCCCCUCCCCUGAGUCAUUGUUUUCUUAUUCUUAAGGAUGUUUUCUAUUUGUGUUAGUUUUAAUAUUGGUUUUAAUAAAUGGUUCUUGUUUGUUGUUCAUUG